AUGAAUAAAGGUAAAUAUAGAAGAUCGUUAUUUAUGUGUUUUAAAACCGUUAUUGAUGAAGAAGAUAAUUUCAAACCUCUGAGGAGAAGAAGAAACCGCAACACCACCAUCAUCACCGAUCCUGUUCUCGCGUAUCUUGCUGCUGCGGAUGUGGACGGUGUCGUAUUGAUUUCAACGGCGGCAAUGGGAGAAUGCGGAAAUCGCCGACGAAAUGGAGGACGAGAUGCAUGGCAUUCCUUCAAGAUGGCGCUCAAAGAAACAUCAUUGAUGAAAAGGAUGCAUAGUAGAAGGAAAACAAAAAAGAAAUCCAUGUCGAAAUCAAACACAGACACAACUUUGAGCGCUCUUCGAACUCCCCAACAAUUGAAUUCCAACAUCAUGAAUAAACAUAAACCUACACGAAGAACCACUUCAGAAACUUCCUCGGAUGUUACUAAUUCAUAUGCAAUAUUCUCAUCUUCACCAUCUCAACAUUCAACCACUUCAUCAAACUCUGAUAACUUGUCGAACACUCCUUCUCAUGAAGCUAAUAUCAUAUCGAAUGGAACUAAUGGGGUAUCAAAGAAAAAUAUUGUUGAAGAUAAGAGGAAAAGAAACAUAGCGUUAUGUAUUCUUUGGAUUUUUAGUCUAUUCGUUUUGAUUUUUUGGGGUAAAGUUUUUGCUAUAUUAUGCACUUCAAUUUGGUUCUAUAUUGUGCCUUCUAGACAGAGAAGGAAAUGCAAAGAGGAUGUUUUAUUAUAUAGAGAAAGUUAUUUUGAUUCUCUUCUUUAUAAGAAGAAAAUUAUUAUGGAAGGAAUACUUGAGAGGAGACAUAGUCCUGCGUCUCUUCUCACCUCUUCUGCUAAGUCAUAG